AUGUACGGGGAAGAAUUUCAUGAAGAUGCUUAUGGCGAUGAGCCAUCUAGUGAAUCUGAUCUGUCCGAAGAAGAGGAUAUUGAUAUAUUCCAAAAGCCCGACUCCCGCAGAUUGAAAAUUUACAAGAAUGCUACGCCGUUUGUUAUCAAACUCUUUUCUGACCCUCAGGAUGAGUCUAGUGAAAAGGAGAUCGAUAAAUUCAAUAAAGAAAUCUACGCCCUGAAUCAGGAAGAUAAGAUUAAGGGAAAGAAGACAUUCUCCAUCCUCACUCAAGCCCUAAAGGCUAUUAGUUCGGGUUACGCCACUACUAUCACCAACCUCGAGACUAACCCAGAGGAUGAAACAUCAUUGAAGAAGCUCCUAGACCUACAUGAGUAA